AGUCUGUUGCGAACGUCAAUGUCAAUGUCAUUUCAGAAUUUAUGAAAUAUUUAUCAAAAGAAAGUGAGAAUAUAAACCGGAAUAUAAAUGAAAUAAGUUCUAUUUAAUAAGUAUGUUAAAAAUAUGACACAGGAAAUAAAUUAAAGAAAUGGCUUCAAACAUUCGUGCGUUCUUUAGAAACUAUUUAAUCUUGGGUGCUCUGUUUAUUACACAAACUAUUUGUUUGGCUUCUAACUUUUGUAAGUUCGAUAUAAAAGUUAAACAAACAUUAAAAAAUGAAGGUUUUCAUAGAAACAUUACCUAUGGCAUUAUAUUUAAUACGGAGAACGAUGAGAGAUGGUUGUACGAUGGUUGCAUGAUUGGUUUAACACAAAGACUACCGGCCGGCGUGUUCGCUAACCCUGAUGAAUUAAGUGACUUGAGGAGAAAUAAAAAGUUGAAUGCCGUUCUAAAAAACCCUGUUAACAUAGAAUUACCAACUGAACUUUCAACGCCAAACAAUGUUUACAUAACUGGGAAGAUUGUUGAUGGUAGAGUUAAUCUAUGGUUACCAGUACAUGCUAGAUAUCACCGAGCUGUUGCUGGUGGGGGUUCUGCAAGGAAUAGGAUUGGCCCACCAACACUCUUCCUAGCUUGUCCAGACAAAAGACUGGAUGCAUGCAGUAUGAAUGACACUCCUAUAGUAUUUCUGUGUAAUGGAAGUUCAAGAGAGAAAUGCAAGUGGAAAGAAAUAUCGUAUAAAAUGUUAACGGACACGCUUAUCUGGGACGUACCUGUUGGUAAUACGGACCAUUACUACGUGGUAGCUACUGGCACGGCUAUAGUUAUUAUUGUGGGAUCUUUAUAUUUAUUGAAAGCCAUACAUGAUUAUAAAGUCGGCUCGAAAAAGAAAAGUUCUUGAUAAGCAGUAUUAUAAAAGUUCAACCAAAGAUAGAUAAGCUAUGUUAAUUAAUUUUUAUCAAGAAAAAAUACAUUCCAAGUGUGGUAUUUCAUUUA